AUGUUGCCCCACCCCCCCCCCCCCCCCCCUGUCCUCCAGGGCCGUAGGAACAGAGAGCUGGAGCAGCAGCUACGUUCAGUGUCCAGCGUUGACGAGCUGAUGGCCAUCUUUUACCCGGAGCAGUGGAAGAUGCUACGAUGCCAGUCGCAGGGUGGACAUCCCCAGUACCGGGGUGCUGGGCUCAGCACCGCCUCAGAGGAGCCCGUCGCCUACGCCGCCUCCUUCUACAACCCCGAGAUCCUGAAAAGUAUUGAUUAUGAGUGGAGAAAGACUCAGUGCAUGCCCAGGGAGGUGUCCUUGGACGUAGGGAGAGAGUUUGGGUCAGCAACAAGCAUCAUCUUUAAACCAUCCUGCGUGUCUGUCUACAGAUGUGGCGGCUGCUGCAACAGCGAAGGCAUCUCAUGUAUGAACACCAGCACCACGUAUGUCAGCAAGACCUUGUUUGAGAUCUCCAUCCCCAUCUCGCAAGUUCCGAAGCCGGUGACCAUCAGUGUGGCCAACCACACGGGCUGCCGCUGUAUGUCCAAGAUGGAUUUCUACAGACAAGCUCACUCCAUUAUCCGACGCUCCAUAUCCACAUCCCCUUCAGACUGUUUGAUGGCAAACAAAACAUGCCCCAGGAAUCACAUCUGGAAUAGUUUUUUGUGCAGAUGUGUACUGCAGUACGAUCUCAGUGGGCUUCUACCGUCAGAAGGUGGAGCAGAGGCUGAGCCGGGCUUGCAGGGUGUGUGUGGAUCCCACAAGGAGCUGGAUGUGGACAGCUGUCAGUGCGUGUGUAAAGGGGGCGCUGACGGGACGGGGUGCGGCCCGCACCGGGAGCUGGACACGGACACGUGUCAGUGCGUGUGCCGGAACGGCCAGCACGCCGCCAGCUGCGGGCCCCACCGCCAGUUCGACGCAGACACGUGUCAGUGCGUGUGCAAGAGGAGCUGCCCCCGGCAACAGCCGCUGAACACAGCAACAUGCGUGUGCGAGUGCACGCAGUCACCCAACAAGUGCUUCCUCAGGGGACAGAGGUUCUACCCACACACCUGCAGCUGCUACAGGCCGCCGUGCAGGGUGCGGAGGAAGGGGUGUAAACAAGGACUAUACUUCAGCGAGGAGGUGUGUAACUGUGUCCCCACGUACUGGCGGAGACCGUACCACGGCCACUACUGACCGCCACCGUUCUCCCGCCUGUCGGCCGCGGAGAUGGCCGCUGGACUUUCACACGGACACCACCACCCAGAGGGAGGACACAUACGUGACGAGCGGUGUGUGUCAGAGACACGGGAGGCCAUGUCUCAGCGCACACGGUAACGACACGCUGGACCAACAGCAAGAACACAUGACCAGCUACACGGGACACGUCAAUGGCCAGCGGGUCGAGGGCCUUGCAAGCUCCAUUUUUUUUAAGAUAACGAAUCUAUAUCUAAUUUAUUGCCACAGAAUUCUUGUGCAACAUUCCUGUCGUUAGCAGUUAACAACUGUAAGAGCUCACUGUGAUCACUAUUUUUAUAUCAUGUACAAUAUCUUUAAAAUAAAAGCCAAAAGUGUA